AUGCAAGUCACGCAGUACUACUUUUACUAUGGUAACCCGCCAGGGCUUAAGAGUGCCGGUACAUGGGGGCGUGGGCCGGUUAGCCGUGUCUGCAGGCGCGGAAACACGGUUCGUUAUCUCUAUACCCGUUUAGAAGAUGUUCUUAGUUCUGCACUGCAACCGACAGCAUUAGCAAAUAGGUGUGAUACACAAGAAGAACGAAGACAAGACGAAAAAGAUGAGCAAGUAUUGCCGAACCUGCCGGCGGGUUUCCAGGGGCCCAAUGGCGCAAUUGCCGAGGCGUAUUACCUGCAUGAAAUGACCAACAAAGUCAUUCUCCUCCGCUUUCUGAUCAGCCCCAUCCCACAGCUUUGUUCGAAACAAAAAUGGGUUACACGGAAGGAAUGCGGCUCAUGCAGUCUACUGUGCCCUUCUCGGUCCGACAGUUCUUCCGCAGCAACGCAUCGGCGAUCCACUCGGAAAAUUCAGUGA